AUGGCCACAGACGGGACAGGUGUUAAAGUCAUCGUUGUAGGCGCAGGAUUUGGUGGGCUCGCAUCUGCUAUCGAAUGUCACCGCCAAGGCCAUUCCGUCACCAUCUAUGAAGCGUUUCCCGAACUCAAGAUCCUCGGCGACAUCAUCUCUUUCGGGCCCAAUGCCGGUCGAAUCUUCUACCGAUGGGGUGAUGGCAACGGGUCUAUUGUGAAUCGCAUGCGGCCGUUGAGCAUUGAUACCCGGGGCUAUGGAUUCAACAUUCGCAAGUUUGACACAGGCGAAAUCAUUGUCAACCAGCCCGCUGCCGAAUACCCGACUGAUGCACCCGCACUCAAUGGCCACCGUGGCGAGCUUCACGAGAUUGUGUUUAACCAUGUCAAGGAUGAGUUGAAGAUCCCAAUCCACCUCGGGAAGAGGAUCGAUGAGUAUUUUGAGGAUGAGGAAGGAUCCGGAAUUAUCUUGGACUGUGGUACAAAGGUAAGGGCGGAUGUCGUCAUCGCCGCAGACGGAGUCAAGUCUAGGGCGCGCCAGGCUGUUCUCGGCUACGAAGACAAACCCAAAAGCAGCGGCUAUGCGGUUUGGCGCUCAUGGUUCCCUAACACGGACAUGGUUGCGGAUCCCGAAACGGCCGCCUUUUGCGCGCGGGACACCUUUAACGGUUGGAUAGGGCCGAACAAGCACUUCCUCUUCAGCACCAUCAAGGGCGGCCAGGACGUCUGCUGGGUCCUGACCCACCCAGACACCCACGAUAUCGACGAGUCCUGGUCCUUUCCAGGAAACCUCGACGAGGUUCGCGAGGCCCUGGAGGGCUGGGAUCCUCUCUGCGCCCGCAUCAUCUCCAAGACCCCUCAGGAUCGCGUCGUGGACUGGAAGCUCGUCUAUCGUGAUCCCCUCCCCACAUGGGUCAGCCCACGGGGGCGAAUCCUGCUUCUCGGCGAUAGCGCUCACCCAUUCCUACCCACGAGCGCCCAGGGAGCCGCCCAGGCACUCGAGGAUGCCGUGACCAUCGCCGUGUGCCUCCGCAAAGCCGGUGGCGGCGGCGGGGUCCCGCGCGCGUUACGAACACAUGAAAGGAUACGAUACGACAGGGUGUGCAAGAUUCAGAAGACGGGCGAAUCCACGCGCGACAUGUGGCACAAGACCGACUGGGACGCCGUGAGGAAAGACCCCAAGCUCAUCGAAUUUCCAAGGCCCGAAUGGAUCUUUUCGCACGACGCUGAGAAGCACGCGGAGCAGGUGUUUGACGAGGUCGCCCAGAGUCUAGAUGCGGACAAGGCCAGGGAUGAGUAG